AAUAUUUUUUUAUUUAAAUAAUUGUAGUUGGGAGAACUUAUAGAGGGAGUAGUGUAAAUUUUGUUGAUAAAAACGUUUUGAUGUGAGCUAGUAGUAUUUUGUUUAACUACUACUGUCUCACCAGACUGUUGAUCUCACACCGAGACGGUCCAAUUCUACUCCACACGCCACGUAGUCUCGUGUUCGGACUACCACUGGUCCUCGCGAAUUCCCCAUCCGAACCCCGAUUCCGGCCGCCAUGAACUGCGUCGCCACCUUCCACCGCCGCCACCGCCGCUGGAUCCUCUGUGCGGGCGCUGCUGCUGGCGCUUACUUGAUCUACCACCACCCGGCCGUCGCCGCCCGCCGCCGCCGGAUCUCCCGCUUGGCCUCGGCUCUCUCGUCCCUCGCUGACGCCGUCGCCGCCGUCGCCUCCGACCUCGCGGCCUUUCUCCAAUCUGACUCCGACUCGCUGCCUAGCACUCUCACUCAACUAUCCAAGCUCGCAUCCUCCCACGAGGCGGCCGCCUCCGCCUCCGCGCUCUCCGGGGCCCUCACCGCCGGCCUGCUCCGCGGCUACGCCUCCGCCACCAGUUCCGCGUCGGGAGACGAGGUAUCGUUUUCGGAUCGUCUUGUCGAGAAGCUAUUCUCCCCAGCCGGCGAGCGGCUCGUCGCAGCCGUGGCGGGCAGCUUCGGGCGCGACCUCGUGCUCGCCUGUUAUUCUGUCCCAACCGAUCCCUCAGGAUCGGCGGGAUCAUCGGCGGCGAGCUGGGUAGAUGUGGUCACCAGUGGGAGUUGCCGUAGGGCGAUCCGCAGCUGGGUGGAGGUAUUCACGGCCACCGCCGUGGGCGUCUUCAUUGACAAGACCAUCCACAUCAACACCUACGAUCAGAUCUGCGCCGCUGCCACAAACCCGGCCUACGACUCCAAGCUGCAAAAGCUUCUCGUGGCGCUCUGCAGUGCUUCCGUCGAGACGUUGGUGAAGACCUCCCACGGCGUACUCUCCGAUGGCAAUGAAAAUGCCCACAGUGGCAAUGGUGGGAUUAGGGAAGAAGGAUGGGCAGAGACGGUCUCGAGUGCGCUUGCUGUUCCAAGCAACCGGAAACUUGUUCUGGAUCUGACGGGCAGGGCGACAUUCGAGGCAGUGCGGUCUUUCCUUGAGUUUGUGCUGUGGAGGCUGCAUGAUGCUGCAAGGGCUGGCGGUGAUGCCACAGCGAGGGCUGGACUGUGUGUCUUGAGUUAUAUGAGCGGAAGGUCCAUGGUUAUCGCUGCCAUCUGCAUAGUAUUGUGCUUGCAUGUGUUGAACCGCACAUGGCUCAUGGCACCGACUUGAGCUUGAGCUUUGCUUGCUUUACCAUGUCACGUCGUUGCACGUUGUUUGUAUUGUUAUUUUUACAGCAAACAGAGCCGAGGAUAUACUGAAACUGAAAUUCAGAAAAGGGAAGGAGCAACAGAACCAAUAAGUUUGGUUACUCGUAAAUAUGUUUGCUAUGGAACAAUUUGACCCUGCGUACAGUUUAAAGAAAUUUCCGGCAAUGUAACUUUGCCUGCUCAUUGCUAAUUCUGUAGGUCGGUUAUAUUUCCUCUGUGUAAAUAUGUGAUUGUGGUGAGUUGGUGAUUCUAUUCUGUUAUUUGAUUUUAUGUUUGACAGGGGUUAUCAAUUGUUUCAGCUUAUUUAAUAGUGCAGUUUUUAAA